AAUCCGGGAACUUAUGGAUUCAAUUGUGAAUCUAAAUGUGGAGAGUGCAAAUAUUCAACUAAUUGCAAUUUCAUAACUGGAGAAUGUCAACACGGAUGCAAGGAUAAUUAUAUUGGACCAAAUUGCAAACAAAGAGAUUUACCAGUUUUAAAUGACAUUGCAGGAAUUCAAACUGAAUGUAUCUCGGAUUGUGCAAUAACAAUUUAUGAUAAUAAUGUAAAUUAUGAUGGUGUUCAACAGCCAAAAUAUUAUUAUACCAUAUUAACACAUCCGAGUAGACAAACAACAGAAGGAGCAAUAACAGCAAUAGACAUCAAUGUCAUUAAAUUUACGAAUCUAUUAAAAGGCCACAAAUAUACUUAUCAAAUAGUACUUUGUGUCAAUAAUAACAAACGGGAAUGUUAUGCAAAAGACAUUAAAACAUUUGAAUUUGAGACAAAAUGUGAAGAAAUUUCACAACAUCAAAUUAUAAUUAAAAGUGUUGAUAAACUCACCACUAUUACAGUCACUGGUUACAAUUCUGAAACUCAGUGUGACUUAAGCCAAUAUCAUUGGUCGUUGAAGGAAACUUCCAGAAACAAAGAGAUACGCUCAGGAUCAUUAGAUGUAAAUAUAUAUUGGAAUACCUUAAACCUAUUCACAAAUUAUUCACUGCAACUGACGAGAAACAACAGAAUAAGGAAUAACAUUUUAUUUACUACGGACGAAUCUAUUCCAAAUGCUGUUAAAAAUAUCAAGGCAGAGUCAAAAUCAUCAAAUACACUAGCAUUAAUAUGGGAUGAACCAUUUCCAGUUGUUGGUAUUAUCACCAAUUAUCUUGUCGAAUGGAAGUUUAUAGGCAAUAGGGAUUGUUCAAUAGAUACUAAAUCGCAGGAUAUCCUAUUUAGAAAUGUGACAGAACCAAAAAUAAAAUUAAGUAAUCUACAAUUUUAUUCAGUUUAUGAUAUUUCAAUUUAUGCACUUACUAAGAAGGGAAGGAGCCAAGUUAUAACUAUUAUCGGGCAAACUGAAGCGAAAGGUGGAAUUGAACUGAAUGCAUACAAGUACAAUUUGUAUCCUGUCGGGAACGCUGUAACAAUAUCACUGGUUAUUGACUGUAAUAAUUGGAAUGGUCCUGUUUUUCUGUAUUUAACUGCAACCUGCAAAAGCGAGUGGUGUGAUGGAAAAGUGACAAAUGGUUCUAAAAUUAUAAAAUAUAACGAUAUGAAUGCCAAAGUUCAAAACCUGCAUCCAUACACAAAUUACUCAGUUGAAAUGUAUUUGUGUGCCGACUCUAAUAAUGAUCAUCUUAAAUUAGGAUCUGUUGAUAUUAUGACACUAGCUAGUGUUCCGAAUCCGGUGCAAUUUGCGGAAGUAUAUAGUUCAACAGAGAAUAGUUUAUCGUUAAGAUGGAGUGCACCGUAUCCCCCAACUGGAAUACUAGAUACAUUUAUAUUAAAAUAUAAAUAUUACAAACGUUGGAAUGGAUGGUCAAUGAAACAAACUUAUACAAUUGAGUCAUGUAAAAUAUGGACGAAUAUGUAUUGUACUACCUUGCACAAUCUCGAUAAUAGCUAUGAAUACCAAAUAUCAAUUACUGCACGCAAUAAGAAUGUUCCAGGCGAGGGUAUGCCAAUUGAAUUCAGUGGAGCUACACGUAUUAGUGCACCCCAGCCGCCAUUAAACCUUACAGCAAUUUGGGAUGAGUCGCAUUUCCUUCACCUGCAAUGGCAACAUCCGAACAAAACAAACGGUCCAUUUGUAAGAUUUGAUGUAAAUGUUAGUGGACAACGUUUUAAACAUCAAGUGUCGGAAAAUUUUACAUACACAGUAAAGACUUCUUUCCAAUGCCAACCUGAAAACCAUCACGCAACUGUUAGUGUGCAAACAAUUAACUCAAAAUUUCAAUCUAGCCAAUUAUCUAAUACGUUUUCGUGCCCAGUCUUUAAAGCUGCAUUUAAAUCCGAACCAGAAUUGAGAAACAUUGACAAUAACACUUUGAGUGUUUAUAUUCCAUCAAUUGAAAAUGCUGAAUCAAAUAGCAAUUUGUAUAUUAUUCUAAUAACUAAUCUGUCUAGCAAAGAAAGCAAUUGUAAAACAGGUACGGGAUUUAAACUGGAUGCAGUCAUACCAAUUCAAGAACAUGAGAGUUGCCAGAUUAUCGGCCACUAUGGACAAGUUCAAUACAAAGAGAUUGAAGAAACAGAAGCACACGUAACCUUCACCGAAGCACCAGAAUAUAAUUUUAAAACAGAAACUUACGAAUUAAACAUUCUAAUAGUAAACGAAUUUAAUGGUCAAAUGUCGCAUACUUUGUACCAAGUAGCAACAUACGCCGCCAUAAAACCGCAUGACAACGAUAACGGCAGAUCAAAUACCGCCGGCUUUAAUUUCUGGUGGUUGAUUUUGAGUGUUGCAGUUGUUAUUAUUAUUACUGGAGGUUUACUUUGGAAGCGAAGAUCAAAAUCAACCACAAAAACUAAACACGGCGACACGGAAUAUUCUGAAAUACCCAUCAUAGACAAGCCGACAACUAGAGCAUCUUCACCUGCAUUACCUCCACCUCUUCCAAUGCGGCAAAUCAAGUCAACCCCUGAAAAGAAUGAAAAAUGCUCCCAAGUUGUGCCUAUUUCAGGAAUUGAUGAAUAUGUAAGAACAAUGAUUUUUGAUGAUAAAUUGGAGAAACAACAUAAAAAAGUCAUGGAUAUAUCGACAAAGGCUUUAGAUUUUCAUCGACCCAAAACUGCUCCUGAUUCUAUUGCAGCAAAUUACAUAUCAAGUCCUCUCUGCCCGAGAGCGUAUAUUAUGUGCUUGGCCCCAACAUCUGCAAAUAUUUAUCAUUUUUGGCAAAUGAUCGUUAAAGAAAGAGUAGAAAACAUUUUGUUAUUUGCUACAUCGGCUGAUAUUAAAAGAAAAAUAUUCUACAAUAUUGGCCAGAUUAUCCCACAAACAAUACAAUAUCAUUUCAAGAUAUAG